AGAAAGUUUCAUCACGACGGACCAUACAAGUAUAAAGAUCAUGUAAGUUAAACUCACUAUCAGUAAGAUGCUAUUAUUAAGCUGCGUCAUAAGCUAAUUAAGAAGCAUCAAUUCCACGAUAGUUCAGUCAUAGCGACACAUCUUCCUUGGAUGUUAAGAUUUGACAAAGAACAUAUGCCAUUUGGUGUUUUGAGCCCCAAUCCACUUUGAUAUAUAUAAAGCAUUUAGGGAAGUCAUGAGUGGUUCGAAAGGAGAAAAGAAGCCAGAACAAGGCACUGAAUCAACAGCAGUGGAUCCAAAAAUGUCUGAAAAGCCGAAGGAGACAACUGAUGCUGUACCAUAUCACAAGCUUUUUGCCUUUGCUGACUCCACCGAUUAUGUACUAAUGAUCAUAGGGACAAUCACUGCAAUUGGAGGUGGAAUCAGUAUGCCUCUCCAGACAUUGUUAUUUGGGGAGCUAAUUGACACAUUUGGAGACACUACAGAUAACAAAGCCAUUGUUCAUGCAGUUUCCAAGGUAUCCCUCAAAUACGUCUACUUGGCUCUGGGGUCGGGAAUUGCAGCAUUUUCCCAGGUGCUUUGCUGGAUGAUCACAGGGGAGAGGCAGGCUGCACGAAUCAGAAGUUUAUACUUGAAAACAAUACUUAGACAAGAUGUGGGAUUUUUUGAUCAAGAAAGCAAGACUGGAGAAAUAGUUGAACGUAUGACUAGCGAUACCGUUAUUAUUCAGGCGGCUAUGGGAGAAAAGGUUGGGAAAUUUAUACAACUAACUUCAACUUUCUUUGGAGGCUUUGUGAUUGCUUUUUCAAAGGGGUGGCUUCUUUCCAUUGCGUUAUUAUCUACAAUUCCUGUUCUUGUGAUCUCAGCGGCCUUUAUGACUGCCAUAAUGGCAAAGCUAACGUCUAGGGGCCAAUCUGCUUAUUCUGUUGGUGCAACCGUGGUUGAACAGACAGUCAGCUCUAUCAGAACCGUUGCAUCAUUCACGGGGGAGAAGCAAGCCAUUGCCAAGUAUGACAAGUCAUUACAGAAAGCUUAUAUGGCUGGGGUGCAAGAGGGUCUGGUUUCCGGACUUGGUUCGGGUAUAUUUAUGUUUUGUCUAUUCGGUUGCUACUCUUUGGCCAUAUGGUUUGGUGGCAGAUUGAUUAUAGAAAAAGGAUACACAGGCGGACAAGUCAUAAACAUCAUGAUCGCUAUCUUAUUAAGCUCUUCUUCAUUAGGGCAGGCUUCACCAUGCUUGAGUGCAUUUACCUCCGGAAGAGUUGCAGCUUUCAAACUAUUCCAGGUGAUAGAUCGAAAGUCAGAUAUAGAUCCUUACAACACCAAUGGCCGGAAACUAGACGAUAUUCAUGGUGAUAUCGAGCUCCGGGAUAUUACUUUUAGCUAUCCAACUAGACCCAAGGAGCCUAUUUUUGAUGGAUUAUCUCUCACCAUACCAAGCGGCACCACCAUGGCUCUGGUGGGACAGAGCGGGAGUGGGAAAUCAACGGUCAUCAACCUCAUAGAGCGGUUUUACGACCCCCAAGGAGGAGAAGUUGUUAUUGAUGAUUUUAAUAUCAAAGAGUACAACCUCAGAUGGCUUAGAGGGAAGAUUGGUCUUGUUAGCCAAGAACCGAUUUUGUUUAGUUCUACUAUUAAAGAUAAUAUUGCCUAUGGGAAAGAUGAUGCAACACUUGAUGAAAUCAAAGCAGCAGCUGAACUCGCCAAUGCUGCCAAAUUUAUCGACAAAUUCCCUGAGGGACUCGACACGAUGGUGGGUGAUCAUGGAACUCAUAUGUCAGGAGGACAAAAGCAAAGAAUAGCCAUAGCUCGGGCAAUCUUGAAAGACCCAAGGAUUUUACUACUAGAUGAAGCUACAAGUGCUCUUGAUACAAAUUCUGAAAGGGUUGUUCAGGAGGCGCUUGAUAGAAUCAUGGUUAACCGAACUACUGUUAUUGUAGCCCAUCGAUUGAGCACUAUACAAAAUUCUGAUGUCAUCGCCCUUAUUAAUCAUGGGAAGAUUAUCGAGAAAGGUUCACAUUCCGAGCUAUUACAAGAUCCCGAAGGUGCAUACUCCCAGCUUAUACGAUUACAAGAACUCAAAAAACACUCACAAAAUCAUGAAAAAGUUGAUCAAGAAUGGGCCGAGAUUACCAUGGCAUCCGGAUCACAUUCAAGUCAACGCAUUUCUAUCUCAAAAUCCAUAACUCACGAAUCACCUAAUCUUAAUAACAGUAAUCGCCACUUGGUUAACUUAGCCCCAACAGAUAAUCAGAAGGAACCGAUACCCGACAAAAAAACAAACUCUUCCCUUUUUCGCUUGGCUUAUCUUAACAAACCCGAAAUCCCGGUGAUCCUACUAGGUUCCAUAGCCGCUUUAAUUAACGGGGCAAUUUUACCUCUUUUUGGGUAUCUUCUUUCGAGUAUUAUAAAGACAUUUUUCCAGCCUGCUCAUAAACUUCGAAAGGAUUCAGAGUUUUGGGCGUUGAUGCUUCUUGUUCUUGGUUUGGCGAGUUUAAUAGCGACACCACUGAAGACGUAUUUUUUUGGUGUCGCUGGGUGUAAGUUGAUAAGGAGAAUCCGAUUAAAAUGCUUCGAGAGAGUGGUUCAGAUGGAGAUUGGUUGGUUUGAUAAGUUGGAAAAUUCAAGUGGUUUGAUUGGAGCAAAGUUGUCUUUGGAUGCAGUAUCAGUGAGAGGUUUGGUGGGGGAUACACUUUCGUUACUUGUUCAGAAUACCUCAACAGCUGUUUCCGGUUUAAUCAUUGCGUUUGUUGGAAACUGGCAGUUGGCUCUUAUAAUUAUAUUAUUGUUACCUUUGAUUGGACUUAAUGGGUAUCUUCAAGUGAAAUUCAUUAACGGUUUCGGUGCUGAUACUAAGAAACUAUACGAGGAUGCAAGUCAAGUUGCGAGUGAUGCGGUUGGAAGCAUUAGAACAGUUGCUGCUUUUUGUGCAGAAGAGAAGGUGAUGAAACUAUACGAAAAGAAAUGUGAAAAACCUCGAAAAACAGGAAUCCAACAAGGUUUAGUUAGUGGUGCUGCUUUUGGUGUGUCCAUGUUCUUGAUAUAUAUAGUAUAUGCAACCAGCUUUUAUGUUGGAGCUCGCUUUGUUGAAGCCGGAAGGACUACUUUUUCUAAAGUAUUCCAGGUAUUUAUGGGGUUGAGUAUGGCAGCAAUGAGUGUGUCUCAAUCGGGAUCAUUCGUUCCGGACUCUGGAAAAGCCAAGAUUGCUGCAGCUUCAGUUUUUGCUCUUCUAGACCAAAAAUCAAAAAUAGACUAUACUGAAGAGUCUGGAACUACAUUACAAAAUGUGAAGGGAGACAUCGAGUUUAUUCAUGUUAAUUUCAAGUAUCCUUCUAGACCCGACAUUCAAAUCUUCAAAGACCUGUGUUUGACUAUUCAUUCUGGCCAGACUGUAGCUCUUGUUGGAGAAAGUGGAAGUGGAAAAUCAACUGUAGUUUCUUUGCUGCAAAGGUUUUACGAUGUUGAUUCAGGCGAAAUAACUCUGGAUGGAGUUGAGAUCCGAAAGCUAAAAGUGAGGUGGUUAAGACAGCAGAUGGGUCUAGUAAGCCAAGAGCCUGUUUUGUUUAAUGACACCAUCCGUGCCAAUAUUGCGUAUGGGAAGGAAGGCAAUGCCACAGAAGCAGAAAUCAUGGCUGCAACAGAAUUGGCAAAUGCCCACAAAUUCAUUAGCAGCCUACACCAGGGGUAUGAUACGAAUGUAGGGGAAAGAGGGAUCCAAUUGUCGGGAGGGCAAAAACAAAGAGUGGCUAUAGCAAGAGCAAUUGUAAAGGCUCCUAAAAUAUUGUUACUAGAUGAAGCCACUAGUGCUCUAGAUGCUGAAUCUGAGAAAGUGGUACAAGAUGCACUUGAUAGAGUUAUUGUACACAGAACCACCGUUGUGGUGGCUCAUAGGUUAUCAACAAUCCAAGGGGUGGAUGUUAUCGCAGUGGUGAAAAAUGGAGUCAUUGCAGAGAGAGGGACACAUGAGAAACUUAUCAAUAUCAAAGAUGGUAUAUAUGCGUCUUUAGUUGCUUUACAUACUAGUGCUUCAGUUUCAUAAUCGUGUGCCACUUUAUUCCUAUUGUUAUUAUUGUCAUUGUGAUGAAAAUGGAGUCAUUGCAAAGAGAGGGGAACAUGAAAACCUUAUCUAUGUCAAGGAUGGUAUAUAUGUGUGUUUGGUUUCUUUACAAACUAUUAUUUUUGCUUCAUAACCAUAUGCCUUUUCAUUUU